AUGGAUUUUGGAGCUGUGGCCGAUAAUCAAACCGACAUUGGUCCGGCUCUGAUGAAAGCAUUUGGAUGCGCUCAAAAGGCGAUAACAACGAGGGCUUCUGACACCGUUAUCCUUGUUCCUGCAGGAAACUACAAACUGGCAAGCAAGGUCGUUUUCGACAAGUCUAAAUUUAUCACCGUUACAGUUCUUGGCCAUCUCUACAUGCCUUAUGAUCCUAAGUGUUAUUCUGUGAACAGUUGCAAGACAACAUGGUAUUGUUCUCGCAUUGCAGCAACAUCAUUUUCCCCUAUCAGCUACGUCGCAAAACCGCUGAUCUUCGAACAUUGUGACUUUGCCUCCACAGCUCAGUUUGUACGACGCCCCGCUUUACCCAUCCGUAUCCAUGACUUCGAAAUCCACAGUGCCAACAUUGGGGCUACGGACGGAAUUGACGUUGCUGGUUCAGACAUAACACCUCCUUAUUCCAACCUCGGGAAACUAAAUUGUCGAAUGUCGUCAAUUGACCACUUUGUUAGAUAUGUGCACGAUGUCCUAGUGGAAAAUGGAGAUGAAUGUGUUACCGCCAAGAGUCCGAUUGUUGGACUGAAAGUCGAAAAUUUGCAGUGUAUCGGAGGUACCGGUUGUGGAAUUGGUAGCAUGGGAGCCAGUGCCAAAAAUUACCAAGUUGAAAAUCUCAACUACCGUAACGUGACUGUGAACAAUGCAGCAAAUGGAGUGAAUAUAUUUGUCAACUUUUCCACCUCGAGCGAAGUGAUUACCGACGUUGCUUAUCCGAUCAAGUUGGACUACACCUGGGGCGCAACCCUAAAACCUCAGUUUACAAGGCGAAACAAGCGCAGUGAAGAAAUUCAAUCAUGGUCUGAUAUCACUUUCAAUAACUUCGUCGGAACAGGUAGUAAAUAUAGGGCACCUGUUACACUCAAUUGCCCUACUCAUUCUCCCUGCAGUGGUCUCAAGUUCAAUAACGUACAGAUUACCGGAUCAACCAAAGCCUCCAUCAUUACAAAUGCAUGUGGAACAGUUGAUGCAAUCAGUCGCAAAACAAUCCCUAACUUAACAGCUUGCUGA